AUGCCUAGUUUGAGAACGUUUGAUGCAUUUCCGAAAACUGGGUCGGAACAUGUUCAAAAGUCGUCUAAAGGAGGUGUAUCCUCGAUCCUGACUUACUUUUUCCUCUUAUUUAUAGCCUGGAGUGAGUUCGGAAGUUAUUUUGGAGGUUAUAUCGAUACCCAGUAUACAGUUGAUGAUCGUGUUCAAGGCACCGCUCAAAUCAAUUUAGACAUGUUCGUCAAGAUGCCUUGUAAGUGGGUUGGUGUGAUUGCAUUAGAUCAAACUGGCGACAAGAAUAUCGUUUCUGAGGACCUUUCUUUCGAAGACAUGCCAUUUUUCAUUCCGUUCAACACCAAAAUGAAUGGGAAGAACGACAUCGUAACACCAGGUUUGGAUGAAAUUUUAUCUGAAGCGAUACCUGCUCAAUUUCGAGAGCGUAUAGAUACUUCGCAAUUGGAAAGUGGUCAGGAGUUUGAUGGUUGUCACAUUUUUGGGUCAAUUCCCGUCAAUGCAGUACGAGGUGAGCUUCGCAUAGUUCCUAAGGGUUUCUUUGGACUUGGCCUUCAAAAGCCUCCUCUAGAUGAGAUUGAUUUCUCGCAUGUAUUCAAUGAAUUUUCAUUUGGAGAUUUCUAUCCUUACAUUGAUAAUCCUUUGGACCAGACUGGCAGGCUGGUCAGUGAACAUCUAACAUCAAUCAAUUAUUACGCUUCCGUCGUGCCAACGACUUACAAAAAAAUGGGGGCUAUCAUCCGCACAAAUCAAUACUCACUCAGCGAGACAGCUCACGCAGUUUCAUUGAGGAGCAGAAAGGCACCGGGUAUCUCUAUUUUUUACAAUUUUGAAGCUUUAACGAUAGUGGUGAGUGACGAGCGUAUCACUUUUCUACAAUUUGUUGUUAGAUUGGUGGCAAUGUUAUCCUUCUUCGUUUACAUUGCAUCCUGGAUAUUUAGAUGUGCUGAUACCGUUUUGGUUCUUGGAUUGGGUCCAAAAUGGUCUCUCAGGUACCAAGGCCAUCAUCAAAAAGUGGGAAUUUUGGAAAAGAACAAUUCCAAGUCCAUCUAG